CGCAUGCGCACUGUGGAGGAGAGAAAAGCGAGAUUUAAGGUCGAGUAAAGGUGUUUUGAAAUUUCCCUUCUAGUUUAUGUCUGAAAAUGCCGCAAGAUCACGAUAAAGACGCUUAUCCCGAGCCUCCCCGUCAGACUCCAGUGGUGGAUAAGCAAUCGGCACUGCCAAAUCCAGCGUUAAUAUUGUCAAAGCUCUUUUACUACUCUGUCGAUCUGCCAGUAACUACAUUAAGAGGUGUUAUCGAGGGCAUCCAGGGUAAUAAGUCCCAAUACUACCAUCAGAAGUUCCGUCGUGUUCCAGAGCUGACCGAAUGCCAGGAAGGAGAUUACCUGUGCUACUAUGAAGCCGAGAUGCAGUGGAGGAGAGACUAUAAAGUGGAUCAGGAGAUUGUGAAGGCGAUUCAGGAGCGUCUCAGGGCCUGCCAGCAGCGAGAGGGACACAGUUACAGACAGAACUGUGGCACAGAACUGCAGCAGUUUAAUCAAGUUUCCAAGGCCUUUCAAUCACGCUAUGGGGAUCUUGGUGCAUACGCCAGUGCAAGAAAGUGUUUGAUGAAACAGAAGGAGAGAAUGAUGGAAGAAACAGAAAAGGCAUAACAUUUCCUCUGCUUUUCUGUCUCUCUCUCAUCUAUGUAUCAAAGUGUAAAAUAAAGUAUUCCAAAGUGA